AUGCUGAGAGAGUUUGUCUUGUUUGUCCGUCGCAGGUCUCGACUCGCUGAUUUCCACAUGAACUGCCAGAUGACGCCUCACACCGUCACCAGCUGCCCUCACGACAACUACCACGGCUGCCUCAUGUCCUACGUCGGCCUCAUCGGCUCUGACGUGACGCCGAACUACAGCGACAGCAGUCCGUCCAACAUCACGCUCAGCCUGUGGUGCACCUGCAGGGGCACAGGAAGUCAGGAGCAAGAGUGUGACGCCUUCCACCGCGACUUCACACACAACGCCUGCCUCAAAAACGCAAUCCAGUCGUUUGGGUACGGAUCAGAGGGAGGGACUCUUCUCGUGACCGAGCCCACGUCCACCUUCUUACCCCCCGCCCAGCCGCCAAUCAUCUCCAAACCUGCUCCUGCUCUACACGGCAACGCGAUCAAACCCAUGGACAGUGCGUGUAUGUUCUCCACCUGCGCCAACCUGCAGGACGGAGGUCAGAAGUGCGUCCCCUCUGAUGAGUACGAGUGUGAAGAGGCUCUGUUAGCUCAGGAGUCAAUAGACUCUCAGGGCUCCGCAGGUCCGAAGAGCAGCAGCUGGCGAUCAGCUCCACUCCUCCAGCACAUCUCUGUGACUGUGUGUGUGUCCGUCCUGCCAACGUUUCUACUCUACAUCUCAUUAAUGUGAACUCAAGCACACACACACAACAACACACACGCACACACACACGCACACGCGCACACACACACACACACAUAUUCAAACUCCUAAAUGGCAAGACCCCAUGAAAGUCACGUGACUCGGCGCCGCUCGCUUCAGGAAAAUGUCAAACGGGAGACGUCCAAACAUCAACAGAGGGAAAUAUUCUGGAGGACACUCCGAUUCACUGGCGCUGUCGACACACACACACACACA